CAAAAUUCGCAGACCAUUCGCGUUACAGGAAUACCCCUAUUGUGAAUAAUAUUAUGUAUUGUGAAUAUAUUAUAUUUUGAACAGCCCUGUUCUACAUAUCAAGCAGCAGUGAAGAAUAACAUUUAAUACAUUCACAUGCACAUGUUGAUUGUUUGCUCGAGAUUUAAAUUGUAAAAAAAAAACAAAUUCAAUCAAAAUAUUCGAUUACAAUGUCUUCGUGGAAGAAAGCAUCGAAAAGUAAUCAAAAAGUACAUCGUGAGCGUCAUCAACCAGAAUCUCGGAAGCAUUUGGGAUUGUUAGAAAAGAAAAAAGAUUACAAAGCUCGUGCGAGAGAUGCAGAAUAUAAGGAAAAAGCAUUAAAAUUAUUGCACAAGCGUGCUUUGAAUAAAAAUCCGGAUGAGUUUUAUCACCACAUGAUAAAUUCAAAAUUGCGCAGCGGUGAGCAUCAUGAGAAAAAGCAAAAGGAGGAGCAUACCAAGGAACAGCUUCAACUCAUGGAAACACAAGACAUUAAAUAUAUAACAAUGAAGCGUACAAUGGAAGCCAAAAAAAUACGUCGUUUGCAAUCACAACUUCAUUUUAUAGAUUUUGCAAACACGGUGCCUAAUAAACACACAUUCUUUGUUGAUGGUAAAGAAACUGUUUUAGAAGGUAAUGAAUUAGCUGAACGUCUUGAGACUCAUCCCAGUUUGUUAGAACGUAAAACAAACAGGCCACGUUUGAAGGAUUUGGAAACCUUGACAAUUCCAGAAAUUAAUGUAGAGAAAAUACAAGCUGGCAAUAAAUUACGUAAACAGUCCUACCAAGAACUAGCAAAACGGAUAGAACGUGAGAAGGAAUUAAGUAUUGUGCAGCAAAAGUUACAAAUACAGCGUGCACUUGAAAUGCCACGUCUACUUAAGCCUAAAACAAUAAAACCUGGCACAAAAACUUCACCUCCAGUUAUUAAAUUUAAAUAUGAAAGAAAAAGAUAAUUUUUCCGCGUGUAUAUACGUAUUAUUAUCUUUUCAUUUAUAAAGUUUAAA